AUGAUUCUAUCAAAUCUGUUCAUAGCUUCUUUAGGCAUCAUUUCAGUCACUUCGUCUCAUUCAUCCACCAAUGUUUGCCUAGAUGCACUCUCAUCAGACCCCAGUGACGCGGAAGAAUUUUGCAUACAAUAUUUAAUCUCCAGCACUAUUCCUGUUCCUUCAUUUGCAUCACCGUGCUUGGGCACCGACUCGUCUGACAAUCAGUUAUUCGAAUCUUGUUACGAGCUGCUUCAUCAAUUGGAGAAAGGAGUUUUACUGCCUGACUCCUCACAUCUCGGCCUACUUGAGGGGCCUGUCAAGCGUGGAGAAAAAUCAACUCGCGAUGGAGGCUUCUUCAAUACAGGAAGUGUGCCAUCAGUAACAACCAAUAUUGGCACGUAUGAUAAUUAUGGAUGUUUUGAAGAUGGCGCUCGGGGAAAACCUCUGGGCUCUCCGCUGCUCAAUCUGACUGGCCCUGCAGCGGACACAAUUCAAAGUUGUGUAAAUGCAUGUUCUAUCUCGGGGCCAAAUUCAAUACCAUACCGCUAUGCCGGCAUAGAGCCUGGAUCUUGCUGGUGUUCUAAUUACAUCUCAAUUCUCUCCGUCAAAACCGCUUCUUUCUGUCAAUCGAAUUGCCCGUCUAAUUAUGGCAAAUACUGUGGGGGUACUGUGGGCGGAGUACUUCACAUGCAGAUAUAUGAGUUGAAGAAUGUGAAUCCUUCGUCGACGACAUCUGUGAAAACGACAACUACUUCUUCGUUGAGGUCUUCUAUUAAGUCAUCCAUCUUAACGUCACAGUCAGGGACUACAUCUUCAUCUAAACUCUUGAGUUUGACGACGUCAACGAGCAGUCAAAAGUCUUCGUCAAUUACCAAAUCUUCUUCUUCUAGCCCAACGCACUCUACAUCUAGUACAUCAACAGCUCCCGUAUCUUCCACAAUAAGCAACAUCCCAUCUACCUCUCUUCCACCAAUUAUCGAAGGAUCAACCACCAUAUCAUUUGGUUUACCUCCUGACCCUCCAACUGUUCCUCCGAUCGUCGGUCCUACUGGUACAGAAAGCUAUAUUUUACCAUCGGGUACUUUCGCUUACCCGAGUGAAUCAUCAACUCCCACCCAAUCAUUCGGCUUGCCUCCCGAUCCCCCAACUAUCCCUCCAAUAGUUGGUCCUACCGGUACCGACAGUUACAUUCAACCAUCGGGUACCUUCGCUUACCCAAGUGAAGUAUCAACCACAGGCUUUGUGGAACCAACUACUGCCCCUCAAAAGGUUAAACGCGAGUAUGAUAUCACCGCUCCUGAUAGUCCCUGGCUCCCUCUUCUCCCCCUAACUUCUCCUGAAAUUCUCAAAGAUGUCGCUCCUGGUCAAGUUACAGGUUGGAAACAACAAUCUAUUGUUCCAAGAUCUGAUAAGAUGAAACGCGAAUACGAUAUCAACGCCCCUGAUAGUCCCUGGAAAUUCCUCUUUCCUCUCACCUCCCCAGAAUUCUCAAAGAAGUCGCUCCUGGUCAAGUUCCCGGCUGGAAACAACAAUCCGUCUCCCCACCUCCCUCACCCGUAAAACGCGAAUACGAUAUCAACGCCCCCGACAGCCCUUGGCGACCCGUUCUUCCCCUCUACACACCCGAUAUCCUCAAAUCCGUUCCCGAAGACCAAGUUCCCGGUUGGCGAGGCCAAGCUUCUGCUCCUCUCAUCCCCGAUUCUGACGUUCCUCCAAGAACUAAAUCUAAACCUAAACCUAAAACCAAAAAUCGUCGCCAACUCGGGCGUCUCCCAGAAAACUUCCUCGAACCUCCCGGUCGUCCAGAUUUCAUCAAAACAUACCCAGAAAAAGAUAACAACAAACCUCUCCCCCCACCUUUCAACAAAAUGCUCGAUGCCGUAGACCCCAAAACCGGCAAAAAAUUACCCAUCCCAAAGCCGAAACCUAGAUACAGCCAUUCGAAAAUCAGUCUGCAGAAAUUUCCUAGCUUGAAAGAAAUCGGAUUGGAACAAGAUGGGAGGGAACAUGAAGGUAAAAAAGGGACAAAUGUAGAUGAGAAUGAGAAUGAAAACGAAGAUGAAAAUGAAAAAUCCGAAACCGCAAAAAGAAUCUCAGACCUGGAAAAAAUAAGAGAUAGACGCUAUGCGCACAAACUCCACCUACAAGGAACACCCAAAGCGUAUGCGGAGAUGAGGGAGAAGAGUGAGAGAGGUGCGCGUCAGGGACAGAAGAAGAUGGGGAUGGAGGAGUGGGAGAAGAAGAUUUUUAGGGGUUUGGGGAAGGAGGGGGGGAAGGGAGAGGAUGAGCAGGAAGAGGGGGAUGGGGAAGGGGAGGAGGGAGAGGAAGAAAAUUGGAUGUGGAGAACUUGGAGUGGGAGUGGGGGCAAGAGAAAGGGGAGGAAAAUUCGUUUGGAGAGGUGA